AUGGGCAAAGACAAGGAACAGGAAAAGCAGAUAUCUGAUCCAAAAGCCAGACCAGAAUCAGAAAUUCAGAAACCAGUCGUGAUGCCACCUCCUUUUCCAGGGAGGCUCGCGAAGGAUAAGAAAGAGAAGGAGGAAAAAGAAAUACUCGAAACAUUCAGGAAGGUAGAGGUAAAUAUCUCUUUGCUCAAUGCUAUCAAACAAAUCCCUCGCUAUGCAAAUUUUCUCAAGGAAUUGUGCACUAGCAAGAGGAGGUUAAUAGGUAACGAAAGAGUAAAUGUAAGAGAGAAUGUCUCUGCAGUACUACAAAAGAAAGUUCUGCCCAAAUACAAGGACCAAGGUCCUUUGAAAAAGACAGGAGUAAUAAUCCAGUUGGCGGACAGGUCAAUCAUCUAUCCCGAAGGGUUGCUUGAAGGCGUCCUUAUUAAAGUUAACGAAUUAGUUUUCCCUACAGAUUUCUACAUUAUUAAUAUGGAGGAUGAUAACUCAACUAAUUCGUCUGACAUUUUACUUACAAGACCGUUUCUAAGUAUCGCAAACGCAAAAAUUGAUGUUCAAAGUGGAACAUUGACAAUGGAGUUUGAUGGCGAAAUCGUGAAAUUCAAUGUCUACGAAGUCAUGAGUCAUCCUAACUCAUUAUCAAAUAUUUCCAGUAUCGAUAGUAUAGAUUAUUUAACUCAAAAUUAUUCUGAAUAUCAUGACUUUGAUGAGUUGGAAAUUGUCCUUUACAGAAGCAUUGACAUGGAUGUAUUGAGUCGUCUCGAGGAGUUAAUUGUUAUAGAAGAUCCGUUUCGAGAAAUUGUCAAACACUUGGAGACGCAACCAUUGUCGACGAGUCGAGGAUUUUUCUGA